UUUCCCCCCGAUCCCAAACCUCGAAUUUCUAUCCAACCGCUUUCGUCAAAUCCCUUCUCUGAUUCUGCUGCAAUUUCUCUAAGAUCGCUCUGUCAAUUCGUGGCGAAGAAACUUGUUGGAAGUGAAAUCAUGAAGUUCUUAGAGUACACUCCGCUUGAACGGAUAAAUGGUUUUCUGCACCAUUUGAAUCUUGGAGAGUGCACCAUCAAAGGGUCCCUUGAGGCCUACUCUUGCAAGCACGCUGGAUCUGACAAAAAGCUUUCUCUCAGUUUGGAGAAUGAGGUAGUUUGCUCUUUAUUGCGAAUCUUUUUGAAGACAAUACUGGUAGGUGUAGGAAUCAUGAAAAAGAUGCUUGAUUACUAUACAGAUUCGUUUUCGCCUGCUGAAUACCUUUUGAGCAGAUCCAGCCGGAAGACUUUGAUUUACCUUGUUCUGACACUCUCUCGCAUGUAUCCAGACUGUGACUUCAGUGCCAUGAAAGCUCAUCAGUUCUUCACAGAGGAAACUUGGGAGACUUUUAAGCAGAUUUUUGAUAACUACAUGAUUGGAGCAUCAAAGGAAUGGGUGGAGGAAAAUGGGGACACUUCCUUGCUAGAAGCAUUAUACAGAGCUCUAGACGAGGUUGUAAAUCUACCUGAGUGUGAAAUCUACAGUUAUGACCCAGACUCUGAUGCAGACCCGUUUCUAGAGAAGGGUGCAAUCUGGUCUUUCAGCUUCUUCUUCUACAAUAGAAAGCUAAAGCGGGUUGUGACCUUCUGUUUCUGCUGUGUAAGUAACUUGAUGGGCAUAGAUAACUUAAGUAACGAGGAAGAUGGAGAAAUAUUUGAUGACAUGGAUAUGUGAAGUUCCAGUUAGCUGUGGAUAAGGCUGUGGUUAUGCUGCAAAUACCCUUCUGACAUCCUGUUUCAUCUGUAGUUCACCCGUUCGGUAGUUCCAUGCUCAUGGCACCACCGUGAUAGGAUAUCACUCAACUCGUUUUUUUUUUCUUUCACAGUCCGCUUGAUGGCUGUUGUGCUGUACUGAAGAAAGGAGGAUGAUGUCAUGUCUAUACAAUUGUGUGUCAGCAUGUCAUCCUAGCUUAUUGUUCGGUAAAUAAGUGAGUGUUAGCUUUAGCCUUAAGUCUUCUAUUUGUCUUUGCAAGAAAAGGUAAUUAGCUGUUUGUAAUGUGUGUAUUAUAAUUAUGGAUGGAAUGCAAGUGUUGGGAUAUGCAUGUCCUAGUGGAGUUGUAGUUUUGCUGACAAAGGAGAAAGAUUAACUAUCAAUAUUCUUGGGGGCCUGUCAGUGCUAAUCGCUGAUAGAACCCAACCUUCACUAGCUGAGUUCUACCUAAUGAGUUUAC